AUUUGAUUUCAAUUACUUUCGGCUCAAGCGCAUUAAUGUAAAUAAAAUUUGAUUUCAAUUACUUUCGGCUCAAGCGCAUUAAUGUAAAUAAAAUUUGAUUUCAAUUACUUUUCAUCCCUCUCCACCCUAAUUACUCCAAGCUGUCUGAUCUCUAAUUUCAAGUCAGUCAACAACUACAUACUAACAUACAAGUAUACAUAUACACCGUACUCCAUUUUUGUUCCAACUUUUGUGCUUCUCACUAGAUUUCCCUGCGCUUUCAAAUCACUAAAACCAGCUCAGAAAUCGUCGAAAUCUCAGGUACUGUUGUACAUUCUGAAAAAAUGGUGCACCAACGACAGAAAGACCUUUGACAUGACAGCUAAGCCACUUUUUAGCUGUUCUGUUUUAUUCUCCUGAAGAUCACUUAUAAAUCACAAAGAUGGCAGACAGCCACCAUCAUCAUCACCGGCCACACCGCCUAUCAGUCCCGUCACGUCCUGGUGUGCUCACAGGCGUGCGCAACCCUACUCCCUAUCCUUUAACCCCGACUCCCACUCCAUCUAAAACCCGACUGUCUCAAUCUACCAGUGGCAUCAGCAACAAAUCUUCAAUCUCAUCCCUAUUCCUGGUCCUUUUCUCCCUACGAUCUCUCUACCCUCUCCUUCCUUUCCUCCGUUCAUCCCCAUCCUUCUCUCUAUUCCCAUUUUCCUUCCUUGUCUCUCUGCUCUCCUUCCUCCUCACUCUCAUCUUCUCCCUCUACUCCAAACACCCUCGCAUUCCUCUUUUUUCUCUCUCCUCCCUUUCCCAAUCCCAAGUUAGGCAUCUUCUCUUCAAGUCCCUUAUCUUGGCUAUUGUCUUCCUCCUCCGAUUCCAAGCCCUCCGUUAUUGCGGGACUGCAGCCCUGAUAUUGGCUGAAUUGUCUGGAAAUAUUGCCUUCCGAUUCUGGAAGGUUCAGGACUGGGAUCGAGAUAGAAACUCAAGGGUUUGUGGAUUCUUUGCCUUAUUUACUGGUCUAUUCCUUUUAUCUGUCAGUUGGGAUCGCAUGGAUUGUUUCCCUCUUUCUUAUAGUAACCUUGAUAAGAUUCGAAGUUCAUUUAUGGUGGUUGUUGGUGGUAAUUGUCUGAGAAUUGUGCCUAUGCUACUCCCGUUCUUAUCUGGGUUUUUGGGGUGUUAUGAGAGGGAUUUGAUGAACCGGGGGACUAUUAGGCAGUUGGGUCGAAAGCGGGUUCAAUUGAUUUCGUUGUUCUUCACCACUUCGAUGCUUUUUUUUCCUGCCAUCAUUAAUAUGCUUGUUUUUGAAGCAGAGGGUGGAAGUGUUUCCGUUGUGAAUCUGGGUUGGUUGUUGGCAAACACAGUUUUAUUUGGUGUCCUCUUGAAUGAGUGGAAUAAUGAUGAGAAGUGGGUGAAUCCUAGAGAGUCUGAAAAGGAAUUUUUCAUCACCUUUGUGAGUACACUUGUUUUGGAGCUUGUUUACUUUCCAGAGCUCUCACUUUGGGGAUUGUUGAUCUGUGGAUCAUUGCUUUGGGUAGCCAUUCAGCAGUUGAACUGGAACCAUGCUAGAUAUGUGGAAUUGGGGGCUGAAUCUUCAGAAACAUUCUCUUCAAUGGUAAUGAGGCCAAUUCGCCACGUAUUGAGUGAACGUAAAUCUCGUAAAAUUGCACUUUUCCUUAUGAUCAACACUGGCUAUAUGGUGGUAGAAUUUGUUGCUGGUUUUAUGAGCAAUAGUCUUGGAUUGAUAUCUGAUGCUUGUCAUAUGCUGUUUGAUUGUGCUGCACUGGCUAUUGGGCUUUAUGCUAGUUAUAUCUCUCGUUUGCCAGCCAAUAGCCAGUUUAACUAUGGCCGUGGUAGGUUUGAGGUGCUUUCAGGGUAUGUUAAUGCAGUUCUUUUGGUUUUGGUUGGAGCUCUCAUAGUGUUGGAAUCAUUGGAAAGAAUUCUGGAUCCUCAAGAGAUUUCAACUAAUAGUUUACUGGUUGUUUCUGUUGGAGGGCUACUAGUAAAUGUUGUGGGUUUAAUCUUCUUUCACGAGGAGCAUCAUCAUGCCCAUGGAGGGUCUUGCUCUCAUUCACACUCCCACUCCCACUCCCACUCUCAUACGAGUCACACCCACCUUGACCAUGACCAUGUUACUGAGGUUAAGCAUCAGCAUGACCAUGUUCACUCUCAUGAGGACCAUGAUCACAGUCAUAGUCAUGGCCUCCAUAUUCACUCUCAUGGACACAAUGAUCACACUCAUUGUCAUGGUCAUGCACACCACGAUCAUGAUCAUCAUGAACACCAUGACCAUGAUCACAGUCAUGCAGACCAUGAUCAUGAUCAUAGUCAUGCACACCACGACCACGACCACGACCACAGUCAUAGUCAUGACCAUGAUCACUCUUGUGGACACCAUGAUCAACAUCAUGAACAGGGUCUUCAUAUUCACCCUCAUCACGAUGAUAAUGAUGUAUGCAAGAGCAUCGCCAAGCUUCCUGGAGCGGACUCAUGCAGUCAUAGUCAUCAUCUAGACUCAAAGACUGAAUCCUCCCGAAAUAAGAUGCACCAUCACCAACAUAUUGACCACAACAUGGAAGGCAUCUUCUUACAUGUUCUGGCAGACACUCUGGGGAGUGUUGGAGUUGUGAUCUCAACCCUGUUAAUCAAAUACAAGGGAUGGCUUGUUGCAGACCCAGCUUGCUCCAUAUUCAUAUCCGUCUUAAUCGUAUCAUCUGUAAUACCAUUAUUGAGGAACUCUGCUGAAAUUUUGUUGCAGAGGGUCCCUCGAGCUCAUGAACAGGAUCUUAGAGCUGCUGUAAAUGAUGUUAUGAAGAUUAAAGGGGUUUCAGGGAUCCAGAACCUGCAUGUCUGGAGCUUGACAAACACAGAUGUCAUUGGCACUUUACAUCUUCGCGUUUCAUCAGAAAUUGACAAAGCUGCAACCAAAUCUCAUGUCAUGCACACACUUCAGGAUGCUGGGGUUAAGGAUCUGACGCUUCAGGUAGAAAGUCUCAAGAGUUUGUAGUUGUUAUCUGUAAAUAGAAUAGAUAUAGACUAGCACAUUGGUUAUAUCUUUGAUUCGAUCGUACUUUGUUAUAUUUAUAGCAAAUUUUGAUACAAAUGAGAUAGUUAACUAUGGAUAUAAGUUUUCGUUGCUGUUUUUACGUAAAUUGACUGUAGUAUUUGGAAAACUCAGGUCAAAGUGUCAAAUCUAUACUCCAACUUGGAUUCUUGUCAUUUUUGGUUCAAAGUGUUUCACUCUAUAAAGGUAUUGUAUGGGCUUGAUUGUAGCCCAGAAAACGAGCACUCAAUCUUUGCUGGAAGUCUGGAACUGAAUAUACUUCUAGGGCAAAGAUUUGAAGUGGUCUGUAGCUCAAUGAUUACUCAAUAAUAAUGGCUGGCUGGAUUGUUGCA